UCAUAGGCUUGACUGGAUUUAGGCUGUUCCAUCUCUCUGGAAGCAGCAGCUGCCUGCGUUUGCAGUUUCAUGGAUAUCUACAAAGCAAAAUAAACCACCAGGAAAAUGAAGACUAUGUUGCCUGCCUCUAAAUUAAAUGGCAAAAGCGAAGAGACUCUGAUAAUACAUGACUCUUGACAAUAUUGUGCAGCCGCAGUGAAAAACGUUUUUUUUUUAAUCAUUUGGGUAUGAAACGCAGCUGAUAAGCUGCUGCUCAUCUUUCCACCCAUCAUCGUUACAUCGUCUGGAAUGGGAGCGCUGCUCAAGUAUUCGCCGGUGGAUUUUAAAUCGCGCUCUGUCGUCUCCUCGUUUACCUGCGCGGGCACCUAUCCUCUCAAAUUUCAAAUCUAAUGAAUCCCUUUGGAUACCCAGCAUGUCUUCGAGGAAGAUUUCAUCGGAAUCGUUCAGCUCAAUGGGGUCAGACUAUCUCGAGAGCCCCGACGACGGAGAGUGCCCUUUCUCGCGGGUGUUCUGGAAUGGGAAGAGCCCGGUGGAGUCACUCUCUUGUCCAUUUGAAGACGUGGGAAUAAAGCGAACGACCAGGCGAAAGCGCGUCAACCUGGACUCGCUGGGGGAGAGCUUGAAGAGGCUCACGUCUCCGACGACUCAAACCAUUCAGCUUGCUGUGCAGAGAACCAUGGAGGUAUACAAACAGAGGGAGAUCAGGUGCAACGAGGAUGGAAAAGGGGAGAAAGGUGUGUCUGAAAGAUGCCCCUAUAUGGAUUAUUCAGGCUCUGAAGAGGAAGCGGAUAUCUCAGGAAUUCUACAGUAUACCGCCACACUACUCGGAGUGGCGUACGAGGAGCUGCGCGAGCGCUUCGGCGAGGAGCUGUUCGGCCUGUGCUUCGAGGAGAACGAGCGGGUCCUGCGUGCGGUGGGCAGCAACCUGCAGGACUUCUUCAACGGCUUCGACGCGCUGCUGGAGCACCUGCGCGCCUCCUGCGGCCGCCGCGCCUCCGCCGAGUCGCCGUCCUUUCUAUGCAAAGACGCCCCCGAGCAGGGGGGGCUGCUGCUGCACUGCUUCCACCCCGCCCCGCCCGUCGGGCUGGCCAUGCCGGGCCUCAUCCGCGCCGCCGCCCGCCGGAUUUACCACAUGGAGGUGGAGGUGGAGGAGGCCAAGCCGGCGGGGGACGGCGUGCACACCGGGAACUCCUCCUCGGCCGCCUCCUCGUGCCUCUCCUUCCUCAUCAAGGUGUCCCGCCCCUCCGGCAGCCCCAAGCCCCUCCCCCUCAAGCUGUCCUGCUCGCCGCCGGACCUGCGGAUCGGCCUGAGCACGUUCUGCCGGGCCUUCCCCUUCCACCUGGUCCUGGACCCCGGCAUGGUUGUUCUGCAGCUGGGCGAGGGACUCCGCAAGCAGGCCAAGUGCGAGCCGCACCGGACCCUCAACUUCCGUGACUGCUUCGAGAUCGUCUCGCCCCGCAUCGCCUGCUCCUUCCAGGCCAUCCUGCUGAGGCUCUCCACGCCCUUCACGAUAAGGACCCGCCCGGACAACACGGGCCUGGACACCAAGGAGAAAGUGAUGGAGAUCAAGGGUCAGAUGAUCCACGUGCCGGAGUCGAACUCCAUCAUGUUCCUGGGCUCGCCGCGCGUGGACAAGCUGGAGGAGCUGAUGGGGCGGGGCCUUCACCUUUCUGACAUCCCCAUCCACGACGCCACGCGGGACGUGAUCCUGGUGGGCGAGCAGGCCAAGGCCCAGGAUGGGCUGAAGAAGCGCAUGGACAAGCUGAAGGCCACGCUGGAGCGCACCCACCAGGCACUGGAGGAGGAGAAGAAGCGGACGGUGGACCUGCUAUACUCCAUCUUCCCCGGCGACGUGGCGCAGCAGCUGUGGCAGGGCGAGGUGGUGCAGGCACGCAAGUUCGAGGACGUCACCAUGCUCUUCUCCGACAUCGUAGGCUUCACGGCCGUCUGCGCCCAGUGCACGCCCAUGCAGGUCAUCAGCAUGCUAAACGAACUGUACACGCGCUUCGACUACCAGUGCGGCGUCCUUGACGUCUACAAGAUUGAAACGAUAGGGGACGCCUACUGUGUGGCAGGCGGUCUGCACAGGAAGAGUGACAGCCACGCAAAGCCAAUCGCGCUCAUGGCCCUGAAGAUGAUGCAGCUCUCUGAGGAGGUGCUCACACCUGAUGGAAAACCAAUCAAGCUCCGGAUUGGGAUCCAUUCCGGCUCUGUCUUGGCUGGGGUAGUGGGGGUCAAGAUGCCGCGGUACUGCCUCUUUGGCAACAACGUGACCCUGGCCAGCAAAUUUGAGUCGGGGAGCCAUCCACGCUGCAUCAACGUCAGCCCCACCACAUACCAGCUACUGAAGGAUGACCGGGCCUUCACCUUCAUCCCCCGUUCCCGCCAGGAGCUCCCUGACAACUUCCCAAAAGAGAUCCCAGGAAUCUGCUAUUUCCUGGAGGCGGGAAAAUCCCAAAGCCACGCCUCUCUGUCCAGCUCCCGGUCCGCCUCGUCCGCGCCUAUCCGCAAGGUCUCCUACAACAUCGGCACCAUGUUCCUUCGGGAGACCAGCCUGUGAGGACCCUAUAUGUGAGAGGGACACAUCACUGACAGCGCCACAGACAGCAUUACGGACAGUUUUACCAACAGUAACAGUGCCUGUCAAGGCUCUCCCUCAAGGUGAGCUGAUGCUGUGAGACACAUGGGGGCUGCCGGCAGGUAACCGUAGUAGCGGGGAAAGAUGCAAGGGAGAGAGAAGUGUAGGAAGUUAAUGAGAUAAACAACAACUGAAAAGAAGCCUUCUGCAGUGCACCAUAGCAGACUGUAUCCAAGAACUCACUUCUCUCAGCAUCACAGGUGUAAAGUAUUAUUUGCAUAAUUCGGUGCCUUCUAAGCCUGUAUGGCUGGAGUGGGCAGGGGAUCUUUUCAAGCACACCCCCUCACCACCCAACCUGCAUCCAGUCAUGCCUCUCU